AUGGCGUCGGGGUGGGGAAUAACGGGGAACAAAGGGAGAUGUUAUGAUUUCUGGAUGGAUUUCAGCGAAUGUAUGUCUCACUGCAGAGAGCCCAAGGAUUGCACUCUUCUUCGCGAAGACUACCUCGAGUGUCUUCACCAUUCCAAAGAGUUCCAACGGAGAAACAGGAUUUACAAAGAGGAACAACGUAAACUAAGAGCUGCUUCAAGGAAAGGCGAAGAUGCCGGAGAUGGCACUCAUACUCAUCAUUAG